AUGGUUGGGAUACCUUCCGGUGUUAUGGUCAAUGGCGAGACCAGACCAGUCAAUGGGGUUACACCAGUGAAAGAAGACUUUAUCAAAAUCCCAGACGUGGCCUCAUACCCGACGGGGAGUCUCGACUUUCUCGUCAAGCUGCAAAAGGAAGAGCAAAAGCGGACCAAGGCAAUGAGAACUUCCAACUUACUCAACCACGAUGACUUUUCCCGAGUGCGGCUGAACAUCAUCAUCGUUGGUGCCGGACUCGGCGGACUGGCCGCUGCCAUCAGUCUUGCUAGAAAGGGCCACAAGGUCACUGUCUUUGAACAAGCUCCGGAACUUGGUGAGGUCGGUGCUGGCAUCCAGAUACCAUCCAACUCAAGUCGAUUGCUUAUCAAAUGGGGGCUUCAACCGUUUUUGGCGUCCAAGAUCGUUGAGCCAGAGGAUAUCAAGUUCCGGCGGUGGGAAAACGGCGCCGUCAUUGGUCUCACCAAGCUGGUCCCUGAAUUCCAGGACAACUUUGAUGCUCCCUACUACGUGGUGCAUCGUGCACACUUCCACGAUGCCAUGUAUCAAUUGGCGUUGCAACUGGGUGUCGAGGUCCGAAUCAAUUCCAAGGUCAUUGAUUAUGACGAAGAUACACCUUCAAUAACCACAGAGCAUGGGGAGUCGUUCUCAGCCGAUCUUGUCAUCUCUUCAGACGGCGUCAAGUCAAUUGGACGAAUGAAAGUGCUGGGUGGUGACGACCAGGCGCCCUUGAGGACCGGGUUCGCGGCUUACCGAGCGACGGUGGAUGUGGAGGAGAUGAAAGUGCACCCAGAGCUCGUCGAGCUGCUGGCAAAGCCAGGGCUGAACUUGUGGAUCGGCCAUAUGAGACACGUCAUGACCUACACCAUCGCUGGAGGCAAGUCCUUCAACAUGGUCCUGUCGCACCCUGACCGCACAGACCCGGCGGAUUGGAACCAGCAAAGUGCCGACAAGAUCCUGUCCGACAUGCGAGCGCACUUUGACGGCUGGGACCCUCGACUGACCAAGAUCAUCAACAUGAUUCGGACCACCCUCAAGUGGCCACUCGUCAGUGGGUCAGCGCUCAGCCGAUGGGUUGCACCCUCCAACAAACUCACAAUCAUGGGAGAUGCGGCGCAUGCCAUGGUUCCUUACAUGUCAGAAGGGGCUGCCAUGGCGGUUGAAGAUGCCGCAGCCCUUGCAGAGGCGAUCGACCUGGUCAGCAGCACUCAGGAACUGCCUGAAGCUCUGCAGGUGUGGCAAUCUGUACGAAUUAAACGGACAAGCCAAAUGCAGGAGGCCAGUCUAAUCAACGGCAAGCUAUGGCACUUUGCCGAUGGUCCCCUGCAGAGGGCGCGAGACGAGGCCAUGCGACCCGAAGUCGAAGGAAAACAGUUCGUAUCAAGUCCGAACCAAUGGAGCGAUCCAACAACACAGCGAUGGUGCUAUGGCUACGAUGCGGAAUGGGAAGUCCGAAAAGCUUGGGAAAACAGGAGUACCUCAACGACAAUGCUGGUGAAUGGCGACACAAAGUGA